CAGGAAUCAUUGGCAAGUGCUCAUGGCUCACAAUGUGGAUUUUGUACGCCUGGUUUUAUUAUGUCCAUGUACGCUUUGUUAAGGUCAAGUCAAAAAGAACCUAGUGAUGAGCAGAUUGAAGAAAGCCUUGCAGGAAAUUUGUGUCGAUGUACAGGUUACAGACCGAUUGUUGAUUCAUUUCGAGUCUUUGCCAAAACUAAUGAUAUGCUAUACACUGAUAGAUCUGCACAGAAACUCAAUAAGGGUGAGUUUGUUUGCCCUUCCACCGGUAAACCCUGUUCUUGCAGAUCGGAAACUGCAAGCGACAAAGAGACCAUUGAACAGAGUAUGGGUUGCAAUCAUGGAUAUAGGCCUGUCUCUUACAGUGAAAUAGAUGGGACCGCCUACACCAACAAAGAGCUCAUAUUUCCUCCUGAGCUGCUAUUGAGGAAAUUGUGUUAUUUGAACUUGAGCGGAUUUGGUGGGCUUAAGUGGUUUAGACCCAUUGGACUUCAACAUGUUUUUGACCUAAAAGCAAGAUACCCGGACGCAAAAUUAGUUGUAGGUAACACUGAGGUGGGGAUUGAAAUGAGGUUAAAAAGUAUGCAUUACCCAGUUCUGAUCUCUGUUACUCAUGUACCUGAACUGAAUAUGCUAAGUGUGAAGGAUGAUGGCAUGGAGAUAGGUGCUGCUGUAAGACUGUCAGAACUGGUGAAAGUUUUAAAAAAGGUUACAGCAGAGCGUGCAUCUUAUGAAACCUCGUCUUGUAGGGCCUUCAUUGAACAGAUAAAAUGGUUUGCUGGAACACAGAUAAAGAAUGUGGCAUCCGUUGGUGGGAAUAUCUGUACUGCCAGUCCUAUAUCGGACUUGAACCCUCUCUGGAUGGCGGCAAGAGCAAUGUUUCGAAUCAUUGAUUGCAAAGGAAACAUUAGAACAACCCUCGCAGAAAAUUUCUUCUUAGGUUAUCGUAAGGUGGAUUUGGCAAGUGGUGAAGUUUUACUCUCAAUAUUUUUACCUUGGACUCGACCAUUUGAGCAUGUGAAAGAAUUUAAGCAGGCUCACCGGAGGGAUGAUGAUAUUGCAAUUGUAAAUGCUGGAAUGCGGGUUAUUCUUGAAGAGAAGAAUCAAAAGUGGGUCAUUUCAGAUGCAUCGAUUGUUUAUGGUGGAGUUGCUCCUCUUUCUCUUCGUGCAUCAAGAACAAAAGAUUUUCUAAUUGGGAAGAGUUGGAACAAGGAGCUGUUGCAGGGUGCCUUGAAAGUCUUGGAGAAUGACAUUUUUCUGAAGGAGGAUGCACCAGGUGGGAUGGUGGAGUUCCGGAGAUCUUUGACUCUAAGCUUCUUCUUCAAAUUUUUCCUGUGGGUUUCUCAACAAAUGGAUGCUGAAAGUGUACCAUUAUCUCAUCUAUCCGCUAUAAAGUCAUUUCACCGGCCAUCUGUUAUGGGAAGUCAGGACUUUGAAACUAUGAAAAAUGGGACUGCAGUGGGGUAUCCAGAGGUUCAUCUCUCUGCAAGACUUCAGGUCACGGGGGAGGCGGAGUAUGCUGAUGAUACACCAACACCUCCCAACUGUUUACAUGCUGCGCUGAUAUUGAGUAGAAAACCUCAUGCUCGUUUACUUUCCAUAGAUGAUUCAGGAGCCAAAUCUGCUCCUGGAUUUGCAGGAAUUUUUUUCCAUAAAGAUGUGCCUGGUGAUAAUAUGGUUGGGCCCGUAAUUGCAGAUGAGGAACUUUUUGCUUCAAAAUUUGUGACUUGCGUGGGUCAGGUAACAAGCUUUAAGCAAUCGACCUGGACGGAGUUAGUUGGACAAUCCAUUCCAGGGUUUGAUCUUCAUCACUGUUAA